AUGACGCCUAUCAACGAAGGUCAAGGAUUGUACUUCGAUAAACUGGGAACAAUGCAGCUAGUUAGAGACGAGUGGAAACUAGUUGCGUACUACGACAUGAGCCCUUUCUGGGAAGGGGUAUCUGCAUACAGAAAGUACAACGAACAAUUGGAAACUAUUUGUAAACAAGUAAGAAGCCUCUCACACUGUGACGUCAUCCUUCUACAACUACGGCAUUCGUACGAUGAGCUGCAACAUUACAAUAAAGUAUUAUCCAGACAUCAGCUGAAACAGCAGACACGCAAGAGACGGGGAUUUGUCAACGGUGUCGGGAACCUAGCGAAUACUUUAUUCGGAGUCUUAGAUGAUAGAUUCGCUCAACAAUAUCAAAAGGACAUAAGUCUUAUAAGAACAAAUGAAAAACACAUCGUCACAAUGUGGAAAAAUCAAACAUCAAUCGUAGAAGCCGAAUAUAACAUGCUCUUGAGAACCAAAGACACAAUACAAAAGCAACACAAGUUAAUACAUCAACAUUUACUUUCUUUAGAAAAGGACACCACUGCAAUGGAGAAAGAAAUCACAGCUGCAGAGAGCAUAUCUCAAUUUACAGUCGUAGCUAUGGCUGCAAAUAAUUUAUUAAGCCACCUUAAAACAAUCCAAGACAUGUUAUUAGAGACUAUAACUAACAUUUACAAUGAUAAAAUGAACAUACAUAUUAUUAGCCCCGAGCAACUACAGAAAGAAUUGAACACUAUAUCUGGUCAACUUCUAAGCGACCUUACCCUACCAAUCGACAACACACAAACACACCUUCAAAACAUCUACCAAGUAUUAAAAGUUAAAGCAAGAAUGACUGACCAAUAUAUGAUAUUUGAGAUUCGCAUUCCAUUAAUAACUCGUGAUCGUUACGAUCUUUAUAACAUUAUUCCGGUCCCGCAUAGCUCAAACAUAAAUAUGAUAUCUGUUAUCCCCAUAGAAAAAUACGUAGCAAUGAACCUUCAAAAGGACGCAUACAUGCCAUUACAAGAAAGAGAUCUUGAAGUUUGUAUCAUACGAGACACGUCUACGUAUAUGUGCCCGCUUAAGGUCCCUAUAUACAAAAUGAACACCGACCAGGAUUUGUGUAUAAAGGAAGAAAAGCAGAAUUUAAAAUGCAAAACAAGCAUAGCCGCGUGCCAGAACAAGUGGAUUAGCUUGACAAAGCCAAAUUAUUACUUAUAUUUUUGUUGCGAUCAGUGUCAGUUUCGAACAAUAUGCUCAGAUCGAGUUACGGCACAAACAUUGGCACGCGCUAAUAUUAUUUAUAUCGAGGAGAAUUGCAUUGUAAAAACAGAUAACUUUGCAAUUCACACGCACAUGAAUAUGCAAAGUAAAACAGAUUUAAAAGACAGCAUACCUACACCAGAAAUCGACCCAAUUAACCACAUAAUAAACAUUACAGUCGAAAAAUUCGAAAACAACAGCUUAAUUUUUAUGGAAAGGAAUGAAGAUAAAAACAUACAAGAAAAAAUAAAAGCACUAAAGGAAAGUCAACUACCCGACGAGAACGACUAUUCUAUACAUGAUGUACACCACUACACUGCCAUAUACUGCCUUUGGAUCACAAUUAUCAUAAUGGCAAUUAUACUAAUUUGCCGGAAAAAACAUUGCCAAUGGAAACUUCUAGGAGCUCCGGCAACCCCAACAAAUCCAGAGGAACCAGCAGCAUCGGACAACAUGUUCGAGAGACGCCGACCGAACCAGCCGCCGCCGCCGCCGCCCCGAGCGAGCGCGAGCGCGGCCUCCACGCCCUGCAGUGCACGGCGCACCAUCACCGGUGACAUUUGUAGUGAUGACAAGUGUAGUGUUAGUGCGCGAUAUCGAGCGAAAAGUGUAAGUGAAGGAGAAAUAAAUAGUGCGCGAGUGAAAGUGCUUACAUGUCAAACACCGGAGAUGAGUGGAUCAACACAUAUGGACAGGGGAAGCUCCCCAAUUUUAAGAAAAAUAUCAUUCAAUGAAUAA